GGCACCACCCUUCUCGCUUCACGUCUCUGGUGGUGAUGGACCCGGCCGAAGCUGCUCACGUGAGCGAGACCGUGGCAGAGAAGGUGCUCCAGUACCGGCGAGACGCCUCGGGCUGGAAGAUUUGCCGGGAGAGCAAUGGAGUGUCAGUUUCCUGGAGGCCAUCUGUGGAGUUUCCAGGGAACCUGUAUCGAGGAGAAGGGAUUCUGUGUGCGACACCAGAGGAAGUAUGGGACUGUGUAAAGCCAGCUGCUGGGGGCCUUCGAGAGAAGUGGGAUGAGAAUGUGACCAGUUUUGAAAUAAUCCAAAGCAUCACGGAUACACUUUGCAUAAGCAGAACCUCCACCCCCUCAGCUGCCAUGAAGCUCAUUUCUCCCAGGGACUUUGUGGACUUGGUGCUAGUCAAGAGAUAUGAGGAUGGGACCAUCAGUUCCAAUGCUACCCAUGUGGAACAUCCACUAUGCCCCCCGAAGCCAGGUUUUGUGAGAGGAUUCAACCAUCCUUGUGGUUGCUUCUGUGAACCUCUGCCAGGAGAGCCCAAUAAGACCAACCUGGUCACAUUCUUCCAGACUGACCUCAGCGGUUACCUCCCACAGAGUGUAGUGGACUCCUUCUUCCCUCGGAGCAUGACCAGUUUUUAUGCCAACCUUCAGAAAGCAGUGAAGAAAUUCCAUGACUGAUGCCCUCAGUUGUUGGCAAAGAACAUCUGUGACUCAUUGAGGAGCUCCACUUGCUGGAAUACCUCAGAUCUAGGAGAACCCAAGCCUGCUUUUACUCUUGGGCAGUGAGUCUCUAAGAAUGCCAGCCAAGGGCGAUAGCCCUCCCACUCCUACUUCCUCUGCCCUCUCAGGAUUGGCAGGAGAGGAACCAUUCACAUACUUGUAAUUCUACCUGUGAUCCAAACUCACUUGAGGCAGGGUGGACCCAAACUUCUGGCUACCUGACAAGAACUCAGCUCAGCACUGUGUGAUGCACUGUGGUUCCAAUCCUGUAUGUACCUCACUGUCAGAGGCCAUGUCUCCAUGUUUGUCCUAGAGAAUCAUGAUGAACACUGAAACCAAGUCCUGAGUGCAUUUUUUGGAAACCCUCAUACAUGUUUUGACACCAUGUAAGAUUUUCCCC